AUGGUGAAGGUUGGUGUGAAUGAAUUUGGCCAUAUUGGGCACCUGAUUACCAGGGCUGCCUUCUGCCUUGCAUUUGGCAAAGGGAAGGUUAUUGCCAUCAAUGACCACUUCACUGACCUCAGCUACAUGGUCUACGUGUUCCAGUCUGACUCCAACCAUGGCAAAUUCAAUGGCACAGUCAAGGCCGAGAAUGGGAAGCUUGCAUCUGAGGGCCCAUUGAAGGGCAUCCUGGGCUACACUGAGGACAAGGUUUUCUCCUGUGACUUCAUCAGCAACUCCCACUCUUUUACCUUUGAUGUUGGAGCUGGCAUUGCUCUCAGUGACAACUUAGUAAAGCUCAUUUCCUGGUAUGACAAUGAAUAG